UAUACAUACCAGGAUGUCCAACCUACCAAGUACUACAGGCAAUGAGCGCUUCAAUGCCGAAGCAGCCAACUGGGAUAACAAUCCUUCCGUCCAAGAGGCGACGCGCCUCGCGUACGAAACGCUCCAACCCCUCAUUCAGAAGCUAUCAGACGAAAAGAAGUCCACCUUGGAUGUCCUCGAAGUAGGCUGCGGGACGGGCCUGCUGAGUGUGCGAGUGGCACCGUUGGUCCACGAGAUAGUCGCCGUUGACACAGCUGAGGGCAUGAUUGAGAUGCUGAAGAGGAAGACUACGCAGCCUGACACCCCGAAAAAUAUCCUGCCGAUUUGCAAGUUGCUAGAGGACCCUGAAGACCCUGCUCUUCCGCCCAGUGGUGAGCAGAAUCCUGCAGGAGCUCGGAGAAAGUUCGAUUUAGCCCUGUCGCACCUGGUUCUGCACCAUAUUCCGGACCUUCGGCCCUUUCUUCGGAUGCUCCUUGGUUGUCUUAAGCCUGGGGGCAGAAUUGCCUUGACGGACUUUGAGGAUUUUGGGCCUGAGGCGAUCAAGUUCCAUCCCCCGUCGAAGCUGGAGGGGGUGGAGCGACAUGGUAUUCCCCGUCAGUGGAUGGAGGAUCUACUGAAAGAGGCGGGAUUUGUGCAGGUCAAGGUCUGGGUGGGGUGGAAGCUAGAGAAAGAUAUCGGGGAAUGGGAAGAAAAUGCUGGAAGCAAUGGUGAUGUCGAAAAGAAGACGAUGCAGUUCCCGUUUCUGGUGUGCGAAGGGGUUCGUCCAUGAUUCUUUUAGCACUACGAAUUAGGGUCAAACUACGAUGCCACUCAAACAACAUCUGUAUAUAAUAGAUACAAUAGCAGCGUCAAA